AACCAAUUCUGACUGCUGCAAAGUAAGAAGGCAAGCAUCCGUUCAAGAAUUAACGAAGGUCCAUGCACAGACUCCUAUAAGUGAUAGAAUAAUGUGUACAUUACUUUGUGAGAUAAACAAAUGCACAUUUGAUCGCUUAUCCUUGGUGAGUCCUGAGUUUUUGUGUCACCAGCGGUGCAACUGGCGGAAAGAGUCGGUAAUCGGGAGCUGCUAGUUUGAUAGACGAUGGCAUGGAAUCGUCAAUCCGUGCUUGAACGCUGCGCUGUGGGCGCCGCCGCCGCCUACGGUCUUUACUUGCUAGCGCGCUAUGUCAACCACAGGCUACAAGCAAAAGAGCUUCAACUCCAGCUGCAAGAAACGCAGGCUUCCUUGGAGCAUGAGCGUGUAAAGCGCAAGGCCGACCGCGUAGGCCGCAUCAGGGCCGAACAAGAGCUACGGGCCCUCAAGGUGCAGCUACAGCGCCUAGAGCUACAGCAGCAGCUACAGCCGCAACAGCCGGAAGUUGCAACGGCUACGGCAACAACCACGCAGCAGCAGCAGCAGCAGGCGGAUGAUGUGGCGCAGAACGGCGCGGUCGGAGAAGGAGCUGAAGAACGCGCAAGAGUUCUUGCGGAGGCGGCGGGGGGUAUAAAGCAGUUAGGGAAAACUGAAACAGCAGUUGGGACCGUUGAGAUGACGGUAGUUGGGAAAGCGCACGUUGGGAAAGCGGCGCCGGACGUUGACCGCAGCGAAGAUGCGAAGCGCGCUGCGGCGGCGGCGGCGGCGGCGCUGGCGGCGGCGGGCUCGUCGAUGCCGGCAUUUCCUUUCCGACCCAUCGGACAUCUUCAAUCCGUGUUCUCGGAGCGAAACGGGACUCCUCGUCAGCCGCAGCUCGUACCCUUGGCUCGCUCUCGCCUGGUUCUCGCUCCCAACAUCCCCGUCGCUUGCUUGGAGGGGUUGGAGCAGUACAGUCACUGCUGGGUGCUGUACGUCUUCCACGCAAACACAGAUUUAGCGAAGUACUUGUCGUCCAACCGCGCGGGGCUCAAGGCCAAGAUCCACGUACCGCGCCUCAACGGCGGCCGCAUGGGUGUUUUGGCCACCCGCUCCCCCCACCGGCCAUCUCCCGUGGGCCUCAGCACCGCGGAGGUCAUUCGGGUGGAGAGAAACACGCUGGUUCUGGGCGGUACGGACAUUGUUGACGGCUCCCCGGUGCUGGACAUCAAGCCCUACGUGCCGUUCUGCGACUGCCUGCCCACCGCCCGGGCACCUUCCUGGGUGCAGGCGGAGGCGGACGACGAGCCCCUGAAGGUGGCCGAGGUGGUGGUGGGGGAGGCGGCGAGGGCGGCACUAACACGCGCGUGGCAAUCGCGCAAGGCGCACUCCAUGUACGGCUCUGCAGAGCAGUACUUGGAGCUCGUACGGCAGGUCCUUGGUCGGGACAUCCGCUCAGUGCACCAGAGGCUCAACGUAAGGCCCACAAGGAACGCAGUAGCAGCAGCUGCUGCUGCAGCUGCUACUGCUGCAAUAACCACACCCAAGCCAGGGAAAGCAACAGCAACAGCAGCAGUAGCGCCUUCAACGUCAUCAGCACCCCAGCAACAGCAGCAAGAGGAGCAACCUAGCCGUGUCGGCCAGGGUGAAGGUGCAGGCAGUGGAGAAUAUCACGUCGUGCUGGAAAACAUUUACAUCAGCUACGAUAUAAGCUUGUCUGGCGUCGUACAUGUGUACGACGCCUGGGUGGAUCCCAUUACCGCUGCACGCACUAACUAAAAGAGUCAUUUUGUGGCCGUGGUUGGUGACUUCGUGUCGUGACUCUGGUUAGUUGGUUAGGUAGUUGGUUGCUUUAUCGUUGUGUUACUGGGG